AUGUUUUCCUGCCAGUGCCUCAACGUAUCGAUAACCAUACCGGGACGGGUUUACAUCUCCGGCACCGUCGCCUCCGAAGUCGAAUUCCUGGCGCAGAAUGGUUUGGGCAACGCCACCGCCAUCGCCGCCCUACCCCGUCCUGAGCAGGCCAUGAUCGAUAGGCUCGUCGAGGGGAAAACGUUCGAGCUGGUCAGCUUCUUCAAAGAGGCCGUCGGACCAUUUCAAGACACCAGCGUGACCGUGCAGGUGGCAAUUAUACAGAAGACAAUCCCGUGCGAUGGCUGGAACGUAGCCAAAUGCGACAACUGUGGCUGUCUCGUAUACGCCUGCGAAGCCCAAAAUCCGGCAUCCUUCCUUGUGAACGCAUCCUGCUCGGUUACCCAUGACCAGGUGAGCCGACUGAUGGCACACGAAAACUAUUCACCGGCGUACAGAAUCGUACUGAAGCCGGAAGUGGCCGAUUUCCGUGGAUUCCUGCAGCGGGAUCAGUACCGCAGUUUGCUGACGGCCGCAGCCAACCUGCUCGACAGCACGAACGACACGAACGAGCUGCUCGAAUCGAUGCGCGCCUACAUGCGCAUUGAAACGCAGGUGGUCUUAGACCGGAUCGAACUCUUCACGCAGAAGAUGAACGAGCAGCUGAACAACGUGCGUGAGCGGGCGGAACAGGACUAUCUGUACCUGUCGCAAACGUUUCCCAACGGGGGGGACGUCGAAAGCAAAAGUCCUAAUCGUGACCACCCCGCAAAUGGCGUGACCGAGAAAGCGCUGGGUCCGUUGUUGACGGGUCUAGCAACACCGGUAGCGGCUGCGACGGUUGGUGGACAGUUGGAAACGCCACCACCGACCCCGGAGUACAUGCCGAUGUCGACAAACAACAGUCCACCGGCAAACCUGAACGGAACCGGUGGUUCUACGCCCGGGAGUGGCCAAAAACAACCGAACGGUGUGGGAGCGCUUAGCAACAGCGCCGCUAAUACGAUUAACAACAACAAUACUACUGCUAACAGCAGCAACCAAGGUGCCAUUAAUAAACCGCCAACCCAGCAACAGCAGCUACAUUCCACGAGUACAAAUCUCUUUGCCAGCUUUGGCAAUAAAUCGACGGGUGUGCCAGGAAGCGGUGACAACCAACAGUCGCGGCCAGCGCGCCAGCUGUCGAUGUUCGACUCGGACUGCCUGUUCGAUAUCGAUGGUAUGGAGAAUGAUAAAACCCCGCCCGCGGAUGUUUCAUCCGAGGACGAACCAUGUGAUUAUGAUGAUGAAUCCGACAACAACAACCAGUCUGAGGGCAUACUGAUACCGCGCCAUCAGGUGGCGCGUCAAACCAGCGCCAUUGCAAGAAGUCUUCCGAUCUCGAUGCCCAAAAUGACAGCACCGUUCCGUGCGAACGAGGAUGAUCUCGAUGAGAUGGCCGAAGACACGCUCGAUAUUGCGGCCAGCAUCAAGGCGCUUGCCAAAAGCGUCCACGGGGAAGCCGUUUUUGGGGAUUUACCGCGACGCCAGAUCCAAAAGUUCACCUCACAGAUCUGAGCGUGCUGAUCGAUUACGCGGAGUGCAUUGUUCCCUGGGUCCUUAAACCCGUCCCCGUCCCCACAGAAACACACAGUCGACGAAGGAUAGUUCGGAUCCGGAUGUUCGUGAUACAGCAGCAAGUGUACGCAUUUUGUUUUUCUUUUUUGUACACUCCCAACCGACGCAAAGGAUCCUUUCCCCCCACGAUCCACGAACACAACCACUGUCUGCCAGCAGUCGAGCUCAUUGUGGAAUAUUACUACCUCUUUCUCUCCCUCUCUCUUUCACUUUUUGCUUACGUUUACUACAAUGGGGGAGAAAAGGGAGAGUGUCUGACGAGUUUAGAUUUAGGAAUAAAGUUUCACCGCGUUUAUGCUUCCGGAGGCGAAGGGGCAAUCGGUGAGACCGGGUGCUGUUGCACUCAGGAAACGUUCUGCGUCGAUCGCAGGCAGG